AUGGUUAUCUCCGAUGAACUUGCCAUCAUCGAUGUCCCUCUUUCUAAUGAUGAUCUUCUCUUCUACAUUCUGAAUGGAGUUGGUUCUGAAUUUAAGGAGAUUGCUGCUGUCAUUCGUUCCUGUGACACCUCUAUCUCAUUCGAAAAUCUUCAUGAUAAGUUGGUUGAACAUGAAGCUGCCCUUACACGUGCCGACGCUACUGUUGCCACACCUGUCAUCAUUGCUAAUGUCACUCAAAGCUCCCAGCGCACCCCCACCAACCAUGGUUCUCGCUCCAACAACUACAAUAACAAUCGUGGCUCUUCUAGCUCCUGCAACAAUUCUCGUGGUUCCUCUGAAUCCACCUCGCCUUCCACCACUGACAACGGUCGUCGUUCAAACAACACCACUGGCACUGGUUAUCGUGGCUAUUGUCAAUGGUGUGGUACACAGGGUCAAAGUGCCAAACGUUGUCCCCAGCUUCAAUCUAGCUCCCAAAGUCAGCCGGUGGUCAAUUCUACCUACCAUGGCCGCCACAAUGCCUCUCCCACAUGGUUGCUUGAUUCCGGUGCUUCUCACCACGUUACCUCCAAAGUCACCAAUCUCUCCGGUGUCUCUACAUAUGAUGGUCCAGAUGAAAUAAUUAUUGGUAAUGGUUCAGGUUUGGGUAUAACUCAUGUCGGUUCAUCCUCUCACUGCCCCCUCCUCCAAAACCUUUACCUUAUCUAA